AUGACAGCCAGUUCGGCCUCCGAUCACGAAUGGAUUAAGCGCUGGGAAAACUCACAGUUCGGCGACGCUUUGGACCCGAUCGACCCAAGCAUCCUUGACGAUGUCACCGUUUGUUUUUCGUCGGCAUCCUCAGAGCUGCCAGAACCACCGUCUCCGGGUUCAGCUUCCUUGCUCACCGGCACUCAUGCGUCCGGUACCAGUGACGAUGCUGUCACUCUCGACUGCAAUGGGAAGGAUCCUUGCCUGAUUGGCUCUUUGGGCGGCUCAGAUCCCACAUCUGAUGCAUUCUCCACUCUUUCCUCCGCUUCGCCCUCUCUUUCAACUGAGUCCUACUCAGCCACGUCUCUGCAAUGCGCCAAGAAUCCUGUACCUCAGACGCCGUCGACCCACCGGCCCCGACUCAGCGUCUGUAUCACCCUGUCGCCUCCGGAACUGCCGCGUUCUGAGCAUGUCGGUGCUUGCAGAGCGUUGGCCAGGCGUAUGACCUACUCGCCACCCUCCAUGCUUGCCUCCCUUGACCCGACCUCGAGGUCUCUGUCUGGAAUCCCGGAGCCAACUAGUCCGCAUAGCAACCGCGACUCUCAUCUUCAUCUUCCGCACUUGUGGCAGCCCCCUCUGAAGAGCGUCCUGACUCUGAGAGAACGUGAUGUAGAGGCUAUUGAACAUGAUCUUGAUAACCCUAAUACCAGCGUUGACGAUGAAGAAGUCCACAAUGUGGAUGAGUGUAUGCCUUCAGACUCACCUAACCAAGCCCUAGAGAAGAAUUCACCGGUGGCCCCG